UGCUACCCAAUAGACAGCAUGCGCGGGAGUUGAUCAACAACAGUCAAAGAAAGUAGUCGUCGAUGCUAUUUUCAAACAGUUCGAAAAGUCGAAGUAUUACAAACUUAUCAAUUUCGGACACGAGACGGACAAAGAAUUUGUAUUUCAGUGUUCGAAAAAUAACGGUUUCGUGAUGUGUGCGCUUGCGCGGGGAAAGUGUUCAGGAAUUUGUGAUUUACAUGGAAUGGAAUAAACAGUAAAUCGAAGUGUUUUAAUGUGUAGUGCAGACUGGAGACCGAAUGAAGCUUUCUUGAGUAUUAUGAUUUAUUUGUGAAAGUGAAACGAAACGUGCGAAGAUGAGUGCGAUAGUGAACGCGGCCGCCGACGUGCUGUCCGGCACCGCCAUCGCCGCCGCCGCCGGCUCACAGGUAGCAUGGUUCAUUCCUAUGCUGGUAGCCGCGAUAGCAUACUACCAGUUCGAUGCCACAGACCCUGAGGGCAGGCCGGCAGACAUUGGGGAUACCAACAUGCUGCCAGAAUAUGACUUCAUCAUUGUGGGAGCUGGAUCAGCCGGUGCAGUGGUAGCGAAUCGUCUAUCAGAAGUGAGUCACUGGAGGAUAUUACUCCUAGAAGCUGGUGGGGAUGAGACGGAGAUAUCGGACGUCCCUCUCCUCGCUGGAUACCUCCAGCUCAGCAAACUAGAUUGGCAGUAUAAGACUGAGCCGUCGGGAACAAGUUGCUUAGCAAUGGAAGGCGGCCGAUGCAACUGGCCUCGAGGCAAGGUGCUCGGAGGCAGCUCAGUCCUGAACUACAUGCUCUACCUACGUGGUAAUAAAAAGGACUACGACUCCUGGGAAGCUAUGGGCAACAAAGGUUGGAGCUACAAGGACGUGCUUUAUUAUUUUAAGAAGUCAGAAGAUAAUAAAAAUCCAUCUUUGGCACAGACACCAUACCACAGCACUGGAGGAUAUCUCACUGUCUCAGAAGCACCCUAUCACACUCCUCUAGUUUCAACGUUCAUUGAUGGAGGUCUUGAACUAGGGUACAUGAACAGAGACAUAAAUGGAGAGAACCAAACUGGAUUCAUGGAAGCACAAGGAACAAUUCGACGAGGUAGCCGAUGUUCUACUUCCAAAGCCUUCCUAAGACCAGCAAAGGAUCGCCCCAAUCUACAUAUCUCUAUGUAUUCUCAUGCUACCAAAGUGAUGAUAGAUCCUCGAACUAAAGUCGCUUUUGGAGUCGAAUUUGUGAGAAAUAAAAUGAUCUACCGCAUCAGAGCCAGAAAAGAAGUCAUUCUCUCAGCUGGUACUGUCAACUCCGCACAAUUGUUGAUGUUAUCUGGAAUAGGACCUGCCGAAGAGUUGCAUAAACACAAAAUACCGUUGAUACAGAAUUUAAAAGUAGGAAGAAACUUACAGGAUCAUAUUGGGUUGGGAGGUCUAGCAUUUAUGGUUAACCAGCCUAUAUCUAUUGUGGAACAUCGUCUUUACACCGCUGGUCCAUUAAUGGAGUAUGCCAUGUUAGGUGAAGGACCUUUGACCAUUAUGGGCGGUGUCGAAGGCUUGGCGUUUGUCAAUACCAAAUACGUAAACGCAUCUGACGAUUUCCCAGACAUAGAAUUUCAUUUUAUUUCUGGAUCAACAAAUUCUGAUGGUGGGGAACAGAUUAGUAAGGUACACGGACUCAUGGAUACUUUCUAUGAUGCUGUAUUUAGACCAAUUAAUAAUAUGGAUGUCUGGAGCAUAAUUCCUAUGCUACUCCGACCGCGAAGCAAAGGUUUUAUUCAGUUACGAAGCGCAAACCCAUACGACUAUCCAUACAUCUAUCCUAACUACCUAUCAGAUGAAAGAGAUUUGAAAACACUAGUAGAAGGUGUAAAAAUUGCUGUAGCACUUUCUAGAACGAGAGCGUUUCAAAAAUACGGCUCUGUAUUGAAUAAACAUGUCUUUCCUGCGUGUGUGAGUAUCAAGAGGUACUCUGAUGCGUACUGGGAAUGUAUGAUCAGACAGUACACUUGCACUAUCUACCAUCCUGUGGGGACAGCGAAGAUGGGACCCCACUGGGAUCCUGAUGCGGUUGUAGACAACCAACUACGAGUGUAUGGAGUGAAAGGGUUACGUGUCAUAGACGGCAGUAUCAUGCCCAACAUCGUGAGCGGGAACACAAACGCCCCUAUCAUCAUGAUAGGCGAGAAAGGAAGCGACAUGAUCAAAGAAUUUUGGUUGAAACGAAGAAGUUCCAGAUAUUACAUUUAAUCGACGUACAAAACAAAGUUUCUAUCAGUAUUAUGGACGAGUGAAUGUUGUUGUAAAUAUUUCCUGUCUCCACUGAUUAUUGUGAAUUUAUUUAUUUCCUAUUUAUUUGUAGCACGUAGUUGUAAUUUAUUCAGGUAAGGAUAGGUCGUGUUCAUAUAUAAUAAAUGACUUUAUUAAGACAAUGUGUUU